AUGAGACAAAGUGCAUUGGUGGUGUCGACCACUUUCAUCUUCACCUUCCUUGUAAUAAUAUUAUUUCAACAUAACUUUGUUAAUUCAAUAACAGUGAGUGAUUUAUCAGUUGCAUCAAGUAAUAAUAUCUAUUUAAAUAAGGAUAGUAAAUGUGUGUACACCUUUUAUUUAUUGAUAUCUGAUAAUUUUGAUAUCGUGUCGAUUGCACGUCAAGAUACCGUGCCAACCAACUCGAUCAAUUCGACGGUCUAUUUUGGCCGCCAAGACACCAAGUCUGUGCACAAAGUGAUUUGUUCGUGUGCCGUUGCACCUUUCUGGAAUGUGAGUCGUCCCGAUUCGUUGUUUGGCACGAAUGGUCGUUUAGGUGAAUCAUCGUUUUUGGUAAGGUUGAAUAAUGCAACGAGCACUGGUGUCCUACCAACCUCUUAUACAUUGGCUGAUACAACUGCUCCAGCGGUACCAGGGUCGUAUAUGACCAUCGCUGUCAGUUCACGUCCAACAUUUGAUAUCAACCUCCCCUAUCCAUUUGGUGUAGCUGCUACAAGUAGCACCUCUAAACUAUUGUAUAAUACGUCUAUUGAUAUACCAGUGUCAAUGUACUCUACCUCACUCCAAACAACCGUGACACUACCCGUCUUGCCAUACGCGACUAUUCCCUCAAAUACAGUCACUUAUACUGCGAGUUUGACCGACUCCCAGGCACCGACCAUCCAAUCAAUCCAGUACCUCCGGCUCAAGGGAACAACCGCACUCGUGACAAUAGUCAUAACCGACUCGACAUCUGGGUUUAGUCACCUUGUAUUCCACGCGGAUGACGGACAGGCUGUCACGCCACUGCACCUCGUUUCGGGAACCAUCUACAAUGGAACGUAUCAACGUGUCAUUGACUAUUUCGAGUAUCCCGCGCAACCAUCAUUGGUCCAAAUGACAGUCACGUUCAGACCACCAGCAGUCGAUAUUAAUCUGCCGGUCAGUUUGACAAUGGUGUAUGGCGACAGAAACGAGACAUUUUACGGUGCCUAUGUCAAUUCACAGAUUGGAUUCCAAAUCAACUUUACGUUGCCCCAGAACCUCUUUACGGGCACACCCGACUACACACUGCGUAUUCCACCCGUCACCUACACGUCGAUUGACCUGCACUCAUGGCUCGACUUUUCCGAGAUCAUCCCUGUCACCUCGAAUAAUGGUGAUGAGAUGCCACCCAUUGUUACUGGCUACAUACCUUAUUCGGCCGGUGCCAGUUCCAAUCUUUAUGGAUUCGAGUUUAAUAUUACCGAAAGACUCAACGGGUUCAAACAAGCAAUUGUACAUGUCCAAGGGACGUAUGAUCGAGUGCCGCUAGUCUUUUUACUCAAUGACAGUGACCGAGUCAAAGGCGACCAAUGGAACGGUGCAUAUCGCGUGCAAUUCGCCAUUGACAAGAAUGAAUGCACGAGUCAAUACUAUAACAUCACCUAUAUGUGGACGGUUGAUAAUGCCGGUUUCGUCGGCAACAGCAGCGACCCAAAUGGUAUAUCCCCACUCCUCAACUAUCUCGGAGGAGCAAUCAGCUUUUACUCUAAUUGCUCAUCCGCUGCAUCCGACACUGUGCUCCCCCAACUCGACUCGUUCAACGUGUCGCGUCAAUCACUCGAUACUGGUAAUCCAGACCCAACCCAAACCAUUUACAUCCAAUUCUCAACCAGUGACAAUAGAUACCUUUCUCCAAGAAACAUCCCAUUAGUUUAUAUUUCAACUAGUAAUUAUUAUUAUUAUCAUAAUGAUCAACAACCUGGAUCAAUUGUAUUUGAUCAAGUUAUUGGAGGAAAGGGAUUGUCGUCAUUUACAUCUCUUGGUGUUUAUGCCACUGCAAUCGCCAUGAACAAGACGAAUGCACAAUACACUGCUCAAAUCAAAGUACCCUAUGGGUUUGGGUACCCUGGAAACAUCUACCUGUCACUCUACGGUAUAUCCGACUACAAGAAUAAUAUGCGUGGAUACUCUAGCAACGACUUGGCAUCACUCCAAUUCCAAUCGACCAUAUCCACCACCUUUUCAACCGGUCCGAUCAUCUCGACAAUCGACACCAACUUUGCAAGCAACUAUCAAAACUUUGGAGUUCCCAACUCUAACAACAUAACACUAACAGGUUACAAAUUUGGAAAUAUUCCUGAAAAUAUUAGAGUAGAGAUGAAUCAAUCUACUACCACUACCACCACAUUAACAAACAAUUCGUUUGUGUUGUUGUCGCCGAUGUCGAUGUCGACAAACUCGUCGUCUUUGAUAAUAUCACUCCCAUCUUUAAAUUCUGAUAUUAUUUGGUUUAGAGUGAUAGUCAAUACGACGAUGGUAUCCAAUUCCAUCUCUAUUCAUAUUAUCAAUUUUCCAACUACCACCACUACCACCACUACAACUGCAACCACUACAACUACCCCUACCACUACUACUGAUUCAAGUAGCUCGACAACAUCGGUAACUUCUUCAAUCUCUAGUACUACUACAACAAAUAGCGCUAGCGCAACCACUAGUAUAUCGUCAUCAACAACAACGACAACAGUGAUAUCCAGUGCCAGCAGUAUACUCUUCACAACAACGCUCAUCACCACCUCCGCCGCCGCCGCUGCCGUCACAACUUUGUUUUAUAAUAAUAAUAAUAAUAAUAAUAAUACUGACACAACACAACACAACAACAGCAACAACAACAACAACAACAACAAUAUUGGUUUUGUCCUUUCACUUUUUUUUGUUUUCCAAAAUAAAAACUAUAUUUUUCCAUCAUAUCCAUUCGAAACAAAUAGACAGAAAGACAUACAGACAGACAGAGACAGUAUCCAAACAAAAAAAGACAAAGAAUUUAAAUCUUUAGAGAAUAUACAUUGUUGUUUAUCUGUCUGUCUUGUAGCAAACAUCUUUAGUUUCGGUUGUGUUCAUCUUACCUCUCUCACCUUAAUCUCCCAACCGAUCAUCUUUUUCAUCAUCACCCCGUGUAUUUCACUUGCCAAUCAUCAAAAUUGGUCUCUUAUCCUUCCUUUUAUUCUUAUUAUAAUUGAUUCACUUGUUUUAGCAGGACAAAGGGAACAACAACAACACACAGAUGAUUAUAAACAAAAAAAGGAUCCAUAG